UCCCACUGCAACCAUCAAUGGGGAUCCAUGGUGCCAGGCCUGAGGGGGUCGAGGUCCCUUGUGUGGGGAGCAGAGCCCGGAUGCCUGGGUUCUCAUCUCUGGGUCAGGCCCUGACCUUUCUAGGCCUUAUGGGGGAGAACUCAGGUGUCCAGGCUCCCAGCCCUGCUCUCACCCCCAGCCCUCCCACUCCCCUCCCAGAGAACCCAGGCAUCUGGGCCCCCACAGCCCGCCCCAUGCCUCAAGGAACCCAGGCAUCCAGGUUAAUGGUUACCCCACAGGCUGGACUUCACCCCGCACAUGACUGGGGCAGGGGGGCAAAGCCAGUGACCCAGGACACCCCCACUGCCCCAAACGCCUGGGUUCUCUGGGCUGGGGGCAGGGCAGGGGGUGUCUGUAUUGGUGUUAGCAGUAGGAUCCCUCCUGUCUGGUGCCCUCCGCUGACCCCUUCCAGUGUGACGGGGUGGGGCCUACCCCACUGAUUAUCCAAUGGGAUGGGGCCCCAACUCUUAAAGGGGCAGGAGGGGAGGGGAGGGGUCUGGCAGAGGUAUCACCCGAGCCAUGAGCUGCCUCAUCCGGGCCUGCGGCCCCCGGGACCUCAAGGAGGUCAUGCGGCUCAUUCGGGAGGCAGCUGCCUGCCACAAGGCCUUGGACCAGGUGACAACUACCCCAGAAGAACUGGAGGCUGAUGGGUUCAGGCCACAACCCAAAUUUGGGAUCCUCGUUGCUGAGCGGCCCCCCAUGAGCCAGGAUGGCCCCCCGCUGGUUGGGUACCAGUUCCACUACUUCAGCUACUGCACAUGGGGAGGGAAGGUGCUGUUUGGGGAGGACCUGUAUGUCAUGCCCCAGUUCCGAGGACGAGGCAUUGGCACCAGCUUGAUGCAGGCACUGGCCAAGGAGCUGGCGGAGUUUGAGCGACUCCCGGAGCAGGUGGAGACCAGCGAGGAAGUGCUGCGCACGGAUGGGUUCGGGCCUGAGCCCUGGUUCCAGUGCCUCGUGGCCGAGGUGCCCCCCCAGCACUGCAGUGCAGACGCACCUGGCAUGGCCGCAGCCUCUACCUGGAGGACCUCUACGUCAUGCCCGAGUACCGCGGUGAGAGGACCCGGGCAUCUGGCUCUGUGUCUUGACCACCCCUGGACCUGCUGCCCUCCUGGAGCUGGAGGGAACCCAGGUGUCCAGUCUCCCAGCACCCCCCACCCUAACCCUGCUUCUCCCUGUGCAGGGAAGGGCAUUGGAAAGAAGCUGCUGAGUAAAAUUGCGGAGGCAGGCAUGGCACAGAGCUGCGGGGAGCUGCGCCUGGCGGUGCUGGACUGGAACAUGGCAGCCGGCAGGUUCUAUGCAGCGCUGGGGGCGCAAGACGUGACGGGCUCUGAGGGCUGGCGCUGCCUGCGGCUGCGUGGGAUAGCACUGCGGCGCCUGGCGGGUCCCAUCCCUGCCCCUGCCCAGGACCCAGGCAUCCAGGACCUUCUGACCUAGUGCAGGACCCAGGCAUCCAGCCCCCCCCCAUUUCAUCGCAUGGAAUAAACCGGUGAUGUCAUGA